AGCCACACAGACACCAUCUGUCUCCUCCUGUGAUCGUCCGGAGUCAGGACUCCUCUGUGUGGGUUAUUGUGGUGUGUCUGGGUGUGUGGCGGGACGUCGCUGGGUCUCAUGAGGGUGUUUGAGAGCGGCGGGUGCUGGCUGACCCUCAGCACGGCCUCAGACAGACAGUCAGCCGCGUUCAUGGAGAAAAGACGCUGCAGUCCUUUCCCCUUGUGCUGGGCCGCAGAAUAUGACAGACACCUAGCGCACAGUAAAGGCAUGGCGAUGGCAUACCUGGAGCCCAACCCAAACCACACCCUGGGCGGCGGGGCCAAGGCCCGUCUCAGCACGGGGACGGAGCGGGCUCCCGGGGCCCCGGACAGAGUCCUGAAGGUCUUCCAUCACUUUGAGAACAACAGCGAGCACAGCACCUGGUCCAGCAACAUCCGGCAUGGAGACGCCACCGACGUCAGGGGAAUCAUUCAGAAGAUCGUGGACAUUCAUAAGGUCAAACACGUGGCUUGUUUCGGGCUGCGUCUCACUCACGUACCGUCGGGCGACAUCCACUGGCUCCACCCGGAUAUGGGCGUGUCCCACGUGAGGGAGAGAUACGAGCAGAACCGCCCACAGGACGAAUGGAGGUAUGAGCUGAGGAUCCGUUACCUGCCCAAGGGCUUCCUCAAUCAGUUCGCUGAAGACAAACCCACUCUCAACUAUUUUUAUCAGCAGGUGAAGAAUGACUACAUGCUGGAGAUUGCGGAUCAGGUGGAGCAGGAGAUGGCGCUGAAGCUGGGGUGUCUUGAGAUCAGGAGAUUCUACAGAGAGAUGAGAGGAAACGCUCUGGAUAAAAAAUCCAACUAUGAACUGCUAGAAAAAGACGUCGGACUAAGACGGUUCUUCCCCAAAAGUUUGUUGGAAUCGGUUAAGGCCAAAACGCUGAGGAAACAGAUCCAACAGACGUUUAAGCAGUUCGCCAACCUGAACGACGAGCAGAGCAUACUGAAAUUCUUUGAGAUCCUGGCGCCCGUCCACAGAUUCGACAAAGAGUGCUUUCGAUGUGCUCUGGGGGUACGUCAGGUCACUGGACUUUACUGCCCCCUGCUGCUCAAUGGAGGAAUUACAUUAGCUGACAUUCAGGGUUCAGAAGUAUUCCCAAAGCAAAAUAUUUCUUACCAAUCAUUAAACUGUAUUUUACAUUAUACUACAUACUGUAUUUUAUGGAAGCCCGUUCCUCUCACGAUCAGCACGCCGUCCUUCGCCGCCGCUGAGAACAUGGCCGACCUCAUCGACGGAUACUGUCGCCUGCUCAACGCCGUCAGCCAGUCCUUCAUCGUCAGACCGCAGAAAGAGGGGGAAAGAGCUCUUCCAUCCAUUCCUAAACUGGCCAACAAUGAGAAGCGGCUGGAGGGGAUCCGGGCAGGAAUUCGUGCCAUCUCUGUUUCAGAAGAUCUAAGCGGAGAUGAAACAGACGACUACGCAGAGAUCAUAGAUGAGGAGGACACCUACACCAUGCCCUCUACCGAAUGCUAUGGAUUAGACGCAGCUCAGGACUAUGAGAUCCAGCGGGACAGAAUCGAGUUGGGACGGUGUAUCGGCGAGGGCCAGUUUGGUGACGUCCACCAAGGGGUUUACAUCAGUCCGGAGAAUCCAUCGUUAUCAGUGGCCAUUAAGACGUGUAAGAACUGCACCUCAGACAGCAUGCGUGAGAAGUUUCUGCAGGAAGCUCUGACAAUGCGGCAGUUCGACCAUCCGCACAUUGUGAAGUUGAUUGGAAUCAUCACUGAAAAUCCCGUCUGGAUCAUCAUGGAGCUGUGCACGCUUGGAGAGUUGAGGUCGUUCUUGCAAAUAAGGAAGUACAACCUGGACCUGUCCACGCUGAUUCUGUUCGCCUACCAGCUGAGCACAGCGCUGGCGUACCUGGAGAGCAAACGCUUUGUGCACAGGGACAUUGCUGCCAGGAACGUGUUGGUGUCUUCCACAGACUGUGUGAAGCUUGGUGACUUCGGUCUCUCCAGAUACAUGGAGGACAGCUCCUAUUAUAAAGCUUCUAAAGGGAAACUGCCGAUCAAAUGGAUGGCUCCUGAAUCCAUAAACUUCCGUCGGUUUACCUCGGCCAGCGACGUCUGGAUGUUCGGUGUGUGUAUGUGGGAAAUCCUCAUGUUCGGCAUCAAGCCCUUCCAGGGUGUGAAGAAUAACGACGUGAUCGGGCGGAUAGAGAACGGCGAGAGGUUAGCGAUGCCCCAGAACUGCCCUCCGACCCUCUACAGCCUGAUGACCAAAUGCUGGGCGUACGACCCCAGCAAACGGCCGCGCUUCACCGAACUCCAGACGCAGCUCAGCACUAUCCUGGACGAGGAGAAGGCCCAGCAGGAGGAGCGUUUCCGUAUGGAGAUGAGGAGACAGGUCACCGUGUCCUGGGACGCUGGGAAUUCAGACGAGGCUCCUCCGAAGCCCAGCAGACCUGGUUACCCGAGUCCUCGAUCCAGCGAUGGGUAUUUCCCUAGUCCUCCGCACAAUCACUACCAGGGGUCUGGAUAUCCCGGUGCAGGAUUCCCGCCGCAGGCGUCUGUCCUCGACCCGCAUGAAGCAUGGAACCAUCACAGACACGAGGUUCUUGUGUGGUCUCCAAACAUGGAGGAUGGGGGCGCUCUGGGGCGGAGUCAGGGGAUGGAGGAGACGCUCAUCAAACAGCAGCAGCAGAUGGAGGAGGACCAGAGAUGGCUGGAGCAGGAAGAGAGCUUCCUGAAGCCAGAGUCGAGGAACUCGAGGGGCAGCAUCGACCGUGAGGACAGCACUCUCCAGGCCCCGAUGGGGAAGCAGCACAUUUAUCACCCCGUGGGUAAAGCAGAACUUGUGGCUCCUCCAAAGAAGCCGCCCCGUCCCGGCGCUCCGAGUCACCUGACCAACCUGAACCCUGUGGACAGUUACAACGAGGGUGUCAAGCCCUGGAGGAUCCAGCCUCAGGAGAUCAGUCCUCCUCCCACAGCAAACCUGGACCGCUCCAGUGAUAAGGUGUAUGAGCACGUGACGGGGCUGGUGAAGGCCGUGAUCGAGAUGUCCAGCCACAUCCAGCCCGCGCCGCCCGAGGAGUACGUCCCCAUGGUGAAGAAUGUUGGACUGGCGCUCAGGACUUUACUAGCGACGGUGGACGAGACCAUCCCAGUGUUACCGGCCAGCACUCACAGAGAGAUCGAGAUGGCUCAGAAGCUGCUGAACUCAGACCUGGCGGAGCUCAUCAGUAAGAUGCGUCUGGCGCAGCAGUACGUCUUGACCAGCCUGCAGCAGGACUACAAGAAGCAGAUGCUGACCGCGGCUCACGCGCUCGCCGUCGACGCCAAGAACCUGCUGGACAUCAUCGACCAGGCACGGAUGAAGAUGCACUGACUCCUCCUGAUGCUGGAUCAUCAGCCGGACCUUCAACACAGCACACCUUACACAAAUACACCUUCAUUACAGAGAUUGGUGCAUUUGGUGGAGCGGAGAGGAUAUUGCAGACGUAUCGUUUUAUAACCGCUAGCGGCAUCAUGCUUUAUUUUGUAUCCAGAAAUGAACUUUCUCAGCGCUGGAGAACCCAAUGCAGCUGGAACCCAAUGAACUCCAAUAAUGGUUUUCCAAUGAUCCAAAGGCUUCUCAACAUCACAAAUGAUUUUAUAUUUUAGUUGAUCUCAGACUUCGGUGAUCAAGGUGCUUUAACAACCUCCUCUUGAGAAACUCAGGGGUCCGACGCGCCUCUCAUGAACAGACUCCAAGCCAAACCACAGUCAUAUUUAACAGAUCUUUUAAAGGAAUCGCAGCUAUUGUAUGAAACAGAGGGAAAUUCCAAUGCCAAUAUAGUCACAUAUCAGUCACUUGAAGCACAUAUUGAUCAAUUGUUAUAAUCGAAGCUGCCUUCUGAAUUCAUUUUAAGAGACUUAAUUCUGUAAAAUCAUGUUAUGUUGUUUUUUUUUUACCACACUAGGGUUGAAGUGGCCCGUUUGAGUUCGGACUAGAAUUAAUUUUGUGUACAGAACAAUCGUGAAAUCCAUUUUGUCAUUGAUAUAAAUUAUUCUCAGGAAGAAGCAACUGUACAGAUCUUUUAACUAAUAAAAGGUUAUCAUUAUCUUUA